GUGGGACAAAACCAGGGGAUACCCCAGGAUGGGAUUGUGUGGAGCUGCCCCCCUCAUGUCAUGUUGUGCACUGGGAAUUCUUUACUUUGGAACAUUAGGUAAUCUGGCAGCAACUUCAUCAGAGUAUUCAGGCUACAUUUCCAGGGUACUGAAGAAUUAUACGUUACGAGCCUGUGAUGGAGAAUAUAUAUCGCUCAAAUGUCCUCAUAGAACAACCAUCAGCAUUCAGUCUUCAUUUUAUGGUCGCAAUAUGCCCAGCCAUCAGAUGUGUCCGUCACGUUACCCACAGUCCUUUGCAACAUUUCUUAAAGAAGAUGUUUCCUGUUCAACCACUACAGCUCUACAGAAAAUGCUGGACGAAUGCCAGGACCGGAGGAGUUGCCAGCUUCUUGUCAAUAGCCGAUUGUUCGGUUCAGAUCCAUGUCCAGGAACCAGCAAGUACCUGGUUGUUUGGUACAAGUGCAGGCCAAAUGAAUACAAGAGUAACGUAGCCUGUGAAGAUGACAGGUUGAGGCUAAACUGUAAGAAAAACACAGUGAUAGCUAUUUAUUCAGCUACCUUUGGAAGAUUACAGGGAGGCAGUUUGGAGUGUCCAUACCAGAACCUGGGAAUGCCUUCAGUAGAGUGCCAGUCAGCUUCAGCCCUUUCCUUGAUGACCAAAAGAUGCCAGGGUAGGAGAAGCUGCAGUAUCUAUGCCAGCAUCUAUGAGUUUGGAGAUCCGUGUUACCCUGGUGUCCGCAAGCACCUUAAUGUCAUCUACACCUGUGUACCCAAAAAACUGCUGUAUGAAACUCCGACAAAAUCAACAAAUUUCCAAGGAAUAUUGCAAACACAAUUCCCUCAGCUGCCGAGGGCGUAUGAUCGCAAUGUAAUUGGAGAUGGGACAUUUUAUCCGGAUUCUUAUUUCAUAGCAGAGCGCGAUUUGUCAGAGAAGAAGAAGGAACAAGCUGCUGCCUUUUACCCAACUGAUAACAACCUUUCUAUGGAUGAGAUAAAACAUCCUCUCUCCAACCGUACAAUGGCGCCUGUGGAACAGACUAGCACAAACAUGGUUCUCAUAAGCAACCUUUUAGCAGCAUAUUCCUUUAUCACAGAAAACCCAGAGAGAGCUGCUUUGUAUUUCGUCUCUGGAGUGUGCAUUGGCCUAAUUCUGACGCUUGUAGCUUUGGUAAUGAGGAUAUCCUGCCAAACUGACUGUAAAAGGUCCAUUGUGAAGAAAACUCCUAGGAAACCGGAGAUUGACAGUGACAGCAGUGACAGUGAUGAUGAUUCAGAUACCACUUCAGACUUGUCUGCCAGGAGACACCGACGCUUUGAGAGGACUUUGAACACAAAUGUGUUUACAUCUGCUGAGGAACUAGAGAGGGCACAGAGGCUAGAAGAACGAGAGCGUAUUAUUCGGGAGAUUUGGAUGAAUGGACAACCAGAUAUCCCAGGAACAAGAAGUCUUAAUCGUUACUAUUAGAACUAGUAUUUUGUUUUUUUCUUUUUGUUCUAAGUGAUCAGUUCACUGUAUCUCACAAGUGUUGACAUCUUUUUUUGAGGAACUCAGAAAGGCUUGUGUUAAACGAUGACUUCUACUCUUUAGAUCAUUUGAAGGGACAAAUGAAAAGGACAGUCCUUCAAAUAUCAUUUUCUUACUAGAUCACUUAGCUCAUGAAAGCCAACAUGUCAGUUAUGUUGUAUAUUGUGUUUCCUGGCAGGAAACCUAGUAUAGGAACAUGGAACCCUUCUUUAUGACACUCCUGUUGUCAUUUGAGGUUUUAUCUUGAUGAACUUAUUUCUUACAGGAAUUUCUAUGCACUGCAGAGGAGAUGUAUGAGACUCGCUAAGACGAUACUGCCAUUAUGGAGUAUGAGGCUUUACAUAUCAGGAGCAUUGUGCUACAAUUUGGGGCAUUUAGAAGAAGCUAUAAACCUGGACUGUCUAGCUUCCUGUUACAGACAAGUAAUCUUGGUGCUUAGAGUUCAUACUAUUAUAUUUAAGACUGUUUGAAAUCUUGAUUUUUAUUUUGUUUUUUAAAAAAAGCAGCAUUUACGGGCACCUCAGGGAUGAAAUCCUAUUGUAUUUGAGUACAAUUAUUUGGGUACUGAAUUUAUGGUAUUAUGGCCAGGGCUCAUGAAGCUAGGAUCCUGUGAAUUUCCAGCACUGUGUGAUCUUCAUGGAACUAAAGUGGAUCCCAGCUUCAUGGAUCCAGGCAACAAAGAUGUGUCAGAUCAUUAAAACCUCAGAGAGGUUGAUUUUUUUUUUUUUUUUUAAAUAUAUAUAUUUUUGGAGAUGCUGCACAAUACUGUGCCUUAUUAAUUAUCUUUAUGUCAUUAAAGUUUCUGUACGGCUAGCAAUGCACAAUGUUUAAAUAUAUAUAAAUAUAUUUUAUUAAAAAAAUAACAGCAGUUUGUAUAUUGAAGAACAAAAUUGUGUGUUAGAAGACCAAAUGUGAUGGAAGGACAAUGCAAAUAAAUAAAACAAUAUUUGGUUUUGUA